AUGCACACAGCAGCUCGCGCUCCGGCCACCAGCGUGAGUGCCGACUGCUGCAUCCCGGCCGGCCUGCGCCUCGGGCCGGUGCCCGGAACCUUCAAGCUGGGCAAGUACCUGUCAGACCGCAGGGAACCCGGGCCCAAGAAAAAGGUGCGCAUGGUGAGAGGGGAGCUGGUGGACGAGUCGGGGGGCUCUCCUCUGGAAUGGAUAGGGUUAAUCCGGGCAGCCAGGAACCCCCAGGAACAGACUCUCGAAGCUAUUGCAGACUUACCCGGAGGACAGAUUUUCUACCGAGCGCUGCGAGACGUCCAGCCAGGGGAGGAGCUGACGGUGUGGUAUUCCAACUCCUUAGCUCAGUGGUUCGACAUCCCCACGAUCGCAACUCCGACGCACGACGAAAAAGGGGAGGAGCGCUACAUUUGCUGGUACUGCUGGAGGACGUUUAGAUACCCCAACAGCCUUAAGGCCCACCUACGUUUCCACUGCGUGCUCAGCAGCGGCGGGGGCCGAGCCUAUCUGCACCACGAGCACGGGGCUCGCCAAGGCGCUGCCCCGGCCGCGGAUGGCCUUCACUUCUCUCCGAAACCCCCGGCGCCUGACUUUGCCGCGGCCGCCCCCGCUGGCACUCUGCGGUCCCACCCGCAGGCCCCGCCGCCCCUCCAGGCCUGCGGAGCGCGGGAGAGCAUUAAGCGCGAGGCCUCCUCUGCGCCCUCCGCCGCUUCGCCUCCCCCGGCCAAGUGGGGGCAGUCCAAGAAGGGCAAGGAGCAGCCGGACCGCGCCCUAGACAUGAGCGGGGCCGCCCGGGGACACGGCCACUUCCUCGGCAUCGUGGGCGGCUCCCCAGCGGGGGGCGGCGGCCUGGCCUUCUACCCCGGAGUGCGCUCGGCUUUCAAGCCUGCCGGCUUGGCCAGGGCGGCCGCGGCCGCACACGGCGACCCCUACCGGGAGGAGGGCGGCGGCAAACCCGGGUCCGGCCUGGCCUUAGGCAGGCUGCUGGGCGGGGGCCGGGCGGGCGGCCGCCCGGGAAGCGGGGAGAACCCCGCGGCGGGCAGCACGGGCCACCACCAUCACCACCACGCGCACCACCACCAUCACCACUCUAAGUGCCUGCUCGCGGGGGAGCCGCCGCCACCUCCUCCGCCUGGCCUACCCUGCUCGGGGGGCCUGCGCGGUUUCCCUCUGCUCCCUGGGCCCCCGGAAGAGGCGUCAGCCUUCAAGCAUGUGGAGCGCGCCCACCCCGCCGCGGCUGCGCUGCCGGGAGCGCGUUUCGCCCAGCUGCCCUCUGCUACCGGGCUGCCCGUCGAGCGCUGCGCGCUGCCGGCCCUCGACGCGGGCGGGCUCAAAGCCUACCCCGGUGGCGAAUGCAGCCACCUGCCUACCGUCAUGCCGGCUUUUACCGUCUACAACGGGGAGCUACUCUACAGCUCACCGGCCGCCGCCGCUUAUUACCCGCUCAAACUGCACUUCGGCGGGCUGCUCAAGUAUCCAGAGUCCAUCUCAUACUUCAGCGGGCCUGCGGCGGCGGCGGCAGCGGCCGCUCUAAGCCCUGCAGAGUUGGGCUCGUUGGCUAGCAUCGACCGAGAGAUCGCUAUGCACACGCAGCAGCUGUCGGAGAUGGCGGCAGGGAAAAGCCGCGGCCGCCUGGACGCGGGGACGCUGCCACCGGCCGUCGUGGCAGCGGGUGGCCCUGGGGGUGGCGGCAGCGGAGGUGGCGGCGCCGGCAAGCCCAAGACCGGCCACCUGUGUCUCUACUGCGGCAAGCUGUACUCGCGCAAGUACGGGCUCAAGAUUCACAUGCGGACGCACACGGGCUACAAGCCGCUCAAGUGCAAAGUGUGCCUGCGGCCUUUCGGCGACCCCAGCAAUCUGAACAAGCACAUCCGGCUGCACGCUGAGGGCAACACCCCCUACCGCUGCGAGUUCUGCGGCAAGGUGCUGGUGCGCCGCCGGGACCUGGAACGCCACGUCAAGUCCCGCCACCCUGGACAAAACCUGCUCGCCAAGGCGGGCGAGGGCCCAGGCGCAGAGCCUGACUACCCCCCGGAACCUGGGGAGCCCAAGAGCGACAACGACAGCGAUGUGGACGUCUGCUUCACGGACGACCAGAGCGACCCUGAGGCUGGAGGCGGCGGCGAGUGCGACUCGUAA